CAAUCUUAAAGGCAAAGCCAUUAGAGAGAGAUAAAGAGAGAGAGAGAGAAACUAGCUCCAUGUUCGAAACAGAGCAUCAUACUCUCUUGCCUCUUCUUCUUCUCCCAUCGCUUUUGUCUCUUCUUCUCUUCUUGAUUCUCUUGAAACGAAGAAGUAGAAGAACCAGAUUCAAUCUCCCUCCGGGUAAAUCCGGUUGGCCAUUUCUUGGUGAAACCAUCGGUUAUCUUAAACCGUACACCGCCACUACUCUCGGUGACUUCAUGCAACAACAUGUCUCCAAGUAUGGGAAGAUAUAUAGAUCGAAUUUGUUUGGAGAACCAACGAUUGUAUCAGCUGAUGCUGGACUUAAUAGAUUCAUAUUACAAAACGAAGGGAGGCUCUUUGAAUGUAGUUAUCCUCGAAGUAUUGGUGGGAUUCUUGGGAAAUGGUCGAUGCUUGUUCUUGUUGGAGACAUGCAUAGAGAUAUGAGAAGUAUCUCGCUUAACUUUUUAAGUCACGCUCGUCUUAGAACUAUUCUACUUAAAGAUGUUGAGAGACAUACUUUGUUUGUUCUUGAUUCUUGGAAACAACACUCUGUUUUCUCUGCUCAAGAUGAGGCCAAAAAGUUUACGUUUAAUCUAAUGGCGAAACAUAUAAUGAGUAUGGAUCCUGGAGAAGAAGAAACAGAGCAAUUAAAGAAAGAGUAUGUAACUUUCAUGAAAGGUGUUGUCUCUGCUCCUCUCAAUCUACCAGGAACUGCUUAUCAUAAAGCCCUUCAGUCACGAGCAACGAUAUUGAAGUUCAUUGAGAGGAAAAUGGAGGAAAGAAAAUUAGAUAUUAAGGAAGAAGAUCAAGAAGAAGAAGUGAAAACAGAGGAUGAAGAAGAGAUGAGUAAGAGUGAUCAUGUGAGGAAACAAAGAACAGACGAUGAUCUUUUGGGAUGGGUUUUGAAACAUUCGAAUUUAUCGACAGAGCAAAUUCUCGAUCUCAUUCUUAGUUUGUUAUUCGCCGGACAUGAGACUUCUUCUGUCGCCAUUGCUCUUGCUAUCUUCUUCUUGCAAGCUUGCCCUAAAGCCGUUGAAGAGCUUAGGGAAGAGCAUCUUGAGAUCGCGAGAGCCAAGAAGGAACUAGGAGAGUCAGAAUUAAAUUGGGAUGAUUACAAGAAAAUGGACUUUACUCAAUGUGUUAUAAAUGAAACUCUUCGAUUGGGAAAUGUAGUUAGGUUUUUGCAUCGCAAAGCACUCAAAGACGUUCGGUACAAAGGAUACGAUAUCCCUAGUGGGUGGAAAGUGUUACCGGUGAUCUCAGCCGUACAUUUGGAUAAUUCUCGUUACGACCAACCUAAUCUCUUUAAUCCUUGGAGAUGGCAACAGCAAAACAACGGGACGUCAUCGUCAGGAAGUGGUAGUUUUUCGACGUGGGGAAACAACUACAUGCCGUUUGGAGGAGGGCCAAGGCUAUGUGCUGGUUCAGAGCUAGCCAAGUUAGAAAUGGCAGUGUUUAUUCAUCAUCUUGUUCUUAAAUUCAAUUGGGAAUUAGCAGAAGAUGAUAAACCAUUUGCUUUUCCUUUUGUUGAUUUUCCUAACGGUUUGCCUAUUAGGGUUUCUCGUAUUCUGUAAAAAAAAAAAGAUGAAAGUAUUUU